AUGGGCAAAGUGAUGCUUGUUUUGGCCAGUCUCAUUGGACUAUGCUGUUUCACAAUCAACACUUACGCCUUCUCACCUUCUGGAUGGACCAAUGCACAUGCCACUUUUUAUGGGGGAAGUGAUGCCUCAGGCACUAUGGGGGGAGCUUGUGGGUAUGGGAAUCUGUAUUCAACAGGAUAUGGGACUAGAACUGCUGCUCUGAGUACUGCCUUAUUUAAUGAUGGAGCUUCCUGUGGACAGUGCUACAAAAUCAUAUGUGAUUACAAAACAGACCCCAGAUGGUGUAUUAAAGGAAGAUCUGUAACCAUAACUGCCACCAACUUUUGCCCUCCUAAUUUCGCUCUUCCUAACAACAAUGGAGGUUGGUGCAACCCACCUCUCAUGCAUUUUGAUAUGGCCCAACCCGCUUGGGAAAAGAUUGGUAUCUACAGAGGAGGGAUUGUGCCAGUCUUGUUCCAAAGGGUUCCAUGCAAAAAGCACGGAGGGGUUAGGUUCACUGUGAAUGGGAGAGACUACUUUGAACUUGUGUUGAUCAGCAAUGUGGCUGGGGCUGGAUCCAUUCAAUCUGUGUCCAUCAAAGGCUCAAAAACCGACUGGAUGGCAAUGUCAAGAAACUGGGGUGCUAAUUGGCAAUCCAAUGCGUAUUUGAAUGGUCAAUCUUUGUCCUUCAGGGUCACAACCUCUGAUGGAGAAACAAGAGUUUUCCAAAAUAUAGUUCCAGCAAAUUGGGCUUUUGGACAAACAUUCUCAAGCCCGGUCCAGUUUUAA